AUGUCAGAUUCUAAAAUGCAAAUCGAUACUCCUUCACCUCAACCAGCAGAAAUUGAUGAAAGUUUGUACUCUCGUCAAUUGUAUGUGUUGGGUAAGGAAGCUAUGAUCAGAUUACAAAACUCAAACAUCUUGAUUAUAGGUUUACGUGGGUUAGGUCUUGAAAUUGCCAAAAAUGUUGCAUUAGCUGGUGUUAAAUCUCUUUCAAUUUAUGAUCCAAAACCUACUGAAUUAAAAGAUUUAUCAACACAAUUCUAUUUAACUGAAGAAGACGUUGGUAAACCACGUGCUGCCGCUUCAUUGAGCAAAUUGAGUGAAUUGAACUCUUAUGUUCCAAUCUCUGUUGUUGAUGAAUUAUCUGAAGAAACCUUAAGUAAAUUUCAAACUGUUGUUUUAACUGAAGCUUCAUUGGAAGAACAAGUCAAAAUCAACAACUUCACACAUUCAAACAACAUCAAAUUCAUUUCAACUGAUUCAAAGGGUUUAUUUGGUAAUGUUUUCGUUGAUUUUGGUACUGACUUUACUAUUGUUGAUUCAACUGGUGAAGAACCAUUAAGCGGUAUUGUAUCAGAUAUUGAAUCCGAUGGUACUGUUUCAGUCUUGGAUGAUAACCGCCAUGGAUUACAAGAUGGUGACUAUGUCAAAUUUACCGAAGUUCAAGGUUUAGAAUCUUUAAAUGACGGUCAAGUUUAUAAAGUUACAGUUCCAGGUCCAUAUGCUUUCAACAUUGGUGAUGUUUCAAAAUUAGGUACUUACAAAAAAGGUGGUAUCUAUACACAAGUUAAAGUUCCAACAACUGUUUCUUAUCAAUCAUUAGUUGAACAAUUAGAAAAUCCUGAACACGUAAUUCCAGAUUUUGCUAAAUUUGAUCGUCCAGAACAAUUACAUUUAGGUUUCCAAGCUUUACAUCAAUUCCAAGAAAAGCAUAAUGGUUCAUUACCAAGACCUUUAAACGAUGAAGAUGCUAAUGAAUUCUUACACUUAGUCAAGAACUUGGCUACACAAAGAAAAUUUGAAGGUGAAUUAAAUGAAAAAUUAUUAAAAGAAUUGGCUUAUCAAGCUACUGGUGAUAUCCCAGCUAUCAAUGCCUUUUUCGGUGGGUUAGUCGCUCAAGAAGUUUUAAAAGCUUCAUCUGGUAAAUUCGUUCCAAUCAAACAAUUUUUAUAUUUUGAUUCAUUAGAAUCAUUACCAAAGAACUUCCCAAGAACUGAAGAAAAUACUAAACCAAUUGGUUCUCGUUAUGAUGCACAAAUUGCCGUUUUCGGUAUAGAUUUCCAAAAAGCCAUUGCUAAUGUCAAAACCUUCUUGGUUGGUUCAGGUGCUAUUGGUUGUGAAGUUUUGAAAAAUUGGGCUUUAAUGGGGUUAGGUUCAGGUCCAGAAGGUAAAAUUACAGUUACUGAUAAUGAUAGUAUUGAAAAAUCUAACUUGAAUCGUCAAUUCUUAUUUAGACCAAAAGAUGUUGGUCAAAGUAAAUCAAGUGUUUCAGCUAAAGCUGCAGUUGCUAUCAAUAAAGAUUUAGAAGGUCAUAUUGAAUCAAAAGCUGAUAAAGUUGGUGUUGAAACUGAAAACAUUUUUGACAAUGCCUUUUGGGAAAGCUUAACUUUUGUUACCAAUGCCUUAGAUAACGUUGAUGCUCGUACUUAUGUUGAUCGUCGUUGUGUUUUCUUUGGUAAAGCUUUAUUAGAAAGUGGUACUUUAGGUACUAAAGGUAAUACUCAAGUUGUUAUUCCAAGAUUAACUGAAAGUUAUUCAUCAUCUCAAGAUCCACCUGAAAAAGCUAUUCCAUUAUGUACUUUACGUUCAUUCCCAAACAAAAUUGAUCAUACAAUUGCUUGGUCAAAAGCUUUAUUUGAAGGUUAUUUCGCUGAAGCUGCUGAAAAUGUUAAUUUAUAUUUAACUCAACCAAAUUUCUUAGAAGCUACUUUAAAACAAAGUGGUGAUGUUAAAGGUAUUUUACAAUCAAUUUCAGACUCAUUAAAUAACAGACCAUAUUCAUUUGAUGAUGCUAUUAAAUGGGCAAGAUUAGAAUUUGAAAAGAAAUUCAAUCAUGAAAUCAAACAAUUAUUAUAUAACUUCCCAGAAGAUGCUACAACCUCAUCAGGUGCUCCAUUCUGGUCUGGUGCUAAACGUGCUCCAAAACCUUUAGUCUUCGAUAUCAAUAAUGAUGAUCAUUUCCAUUUCGUUGUUGGUGCUGCUAAUUUAAGAGCUUUCAAUUAUGGCUUGAAAGGUGAUCAAGGUGAACCAGAUAAAUCAUUUUAUAAAAAAGUUAUUGAUGAAGUUAAAAUUGAAGAAUUUAGUCCUCGUUCAGAUGUUAAAAUUCAAGCUAAUGAUGAUGAUCCAGAUCCAAAUGCUCAACAAGCUGUUGAAACUGAUGAAUUACGCAGAUUAGCAGCUUCAUUACCUCAACCAUCAACUUUAGCUGGUUAUAGAUUGAAUCCAGUUGAUUUUGAAAAAGAUGAUGAUUCAAACCAUCAUAUUGAAUUCAUUACAGCUGCUUCAAAUGCUCGUGCUUUGAAUUAUCAAAUUGACACAGCUGAUCGUCAAAAGACUAAAUUCAUUGCUGGUCGUAUCAUUCCAGCUAUUGCCACUACAACUGCUUUAGUUACCGGUUUAGUUCAAUUAGAAUUAUAUAAAGUUGCUGAUAAGAGAGAUAACAUUGAAGAUUAUAAGAAUGGGUUCAUUAAUUUAGCUUUACCAUUCUUUGGAUUUUCUGAACCAAUUGCUUCACCAAAAGGUAAAUAUAAUGAUAAAGAAUUUGAUAGAAUUUGGGAUAGAUUUGAUAUUAAAGGUGAUGUUACAUUACAAGAAUUAUUAGAUCAUUUCGAAAAGAAAGAAGGUUUAGAAAUUACAAUGUUAUCAUAUGACGUCUCAUUAUUAUAUGCUAGUUUCUUCCCUCCAAAGAAAGUUAAAGAAAGAUCAACUAUGAAAAUUACUGAAUUAAUUAAAACAGUUACCAAGAAGGAAAUUCCAAGUCAUGUUAAAACUUUGAUUUUAGAAAUUUGUACUGAUGAUGCUCAAGGUGAAGAUGUUGAAGUUCCUUAUAUUACCAUCACAUUAUAG